AUGUUCAAGUUCUCUUUCGUCGACGAAUCGGACGACGAGGACGUCCAAGUCGUUGCCACCUCGGCCGCGCACUCGCGUGAGCCUGGACCAUCGCAGGACCACACGCUUGCCGACCUCAUCAAAACUCUCCCAGACGUCAUCUCCUACUCGCCUCUUCCGCACCCAUCCGGAGGAGCGCCCCUCCUACGUCGGGACUUGUACGAUGCGCGUUUCCAGCUCGCAGUCCGUGGCGGGGAGGAGGGUGGUCAGGAUGAGGACGCGUACGUCGACGCGGACACGGACCUCAUUCCCGGGACAUAUGAGGGUGGUCUCAAGAGCUGGGAGGGGGGUGUUGAUCUCGUGGAAGUCAUUUCUGCCGCAACAAAGGGAAACGAAGCCGACUGGGUGCGCGACAGUAAAGUCCUCGAGUUGGGUUGCGGCACCGGUUUGCCCUCGGCGUACCUCUUGCGGUGUCUCCUCUCUUCUUCCUUACCUCCAGGAAAAACUGUGAUCCACGUACAGGACUACAACCUCCCCGUGUUGUCGCUCGUCACCCUCCCGAAUUUGGUGCUUGCCGCCCUCCCCUCCCUUCCCCUCUCCGCUAGGGGGGCUGCUGAGGCCGCUGCCCUGCCUCGCCCACCCAAGUCGGAUACGAUUGAGGAGGAGCCGGAGAACGAGGAAGAUUGGCAAGACCAGGAUGAAGACGAAGACAUCAAACGUCCCUUCGACCCUAACGCCGCGGGGACGCUCGAACUCUCCCCAGCCGUCCUGGACGCCUUCACCUCCCUGUUGGAGGAGAGGGGCGUCGAGCUCAAGUUCACGAGCGGCGAUUGGGGGGGUAUGGCUCAGAGUGUUGGGAGCUAUGACUUGAUCAUGAGCGCCGAGACGAUCUAUGCCGAGGACAGCGUGGGCCCGCUGCUCGACGUUAUUCGGGCUGCCUCUGCCUCUUCCAAGAAGGAGAACGGGAAGGAAAAUGACCUCUCGGACUCGCUGGGCGCGCUCCAGAUCGACGACUUCACGCGGGCGCCGCUGUCCGAGGGCUCUUCGGUUAUUCUCAUCGCUGCAAAGGUGCUUUACUUUGGCGUUGGCGGGGGACUGGAUGCGUUCCUGGGCCAGGUUGAGGGGUUGGGUGGUUGGAGCGUGCGUGUGCGUGAUUGGGUGCGGGGGGUUGGGCGGGCGGUCGUGCGUAUCGGGUGGUAA